GCAGAUUUCGCGGGGUCCCAGCAGCGGAAGGAGCAGCGGAGCAGAACCAGAGGAAGGAGGCUCAAAGUGAUACCAUCCACCGCUGCUUCAGAGCCACGAACACCGGACAGAGCAGCGAGCAGCCCGGUGCAGGGGAGCGGAGAGUCCCGGAACCGCCGUCCCGUCCAGCGACUCACACCGAGACACAGUGGAGGAGACCAGAGCGUCGCUGCAGCUCCCCGAGGCCUCGAGGAGGUGAGUAAUAAUGAUGGCGACUGCAGGGCCUCCGAGCAGCUCCAGCUUCCUCCCGCUGCUGGAGUCUCUGGAGGAUGUCGCCGCCGGACAGCCGGAUCAGACGGACGCCUACCUCACCAUCGCCAGCCGGCUCAGCGGAGAGGAGGGCCGGCAGUUUCUCCCUGCAGUUGAAAAGCACUUUUCUCGUCUGGGUAAAGCCAUCCUGGGUCACAUGGCCAGUCCGAAUGCAGAGCUGAGCCAAGCUGCCUUACAAGCUUUGGGGUUCUGUGUUUAUCACUCGCAUGUCGUCUCUGGAGUUCCCGAAGUCCUAGCAGCAGAGAUCCUGUCAACGCUUUGCUCUCUGGUGGUGAAGUCGACCGAUAAGAACACAUGCACCAGAGCGCUAUGGGUCGUCUCCAAACAGAGCUUUCCUGCAGACGUCGUCGCCAAAAAAGUUUCGUUGAUUCUGUCGACUCUGGAGAGCGUCUGGAGCAGAGAGGACGUCCAGUCCGUGGUGAUGGAGCACGAAGCCUUGAACGUUAUCAUCCGGAUGCUGGAGCAGGUUCCGGCCCAGAUGGGCGACGGGUCGGUGCAGUGGGCGAAGCUGGUCGUCCCUCUGGUGGUUCACUCGGCCUCCAAGGUCCGUCUGCGGGCGGCGGCGGCCAUGGAGAUGGGCUUACCUCUGCUGCUGGAGAAGCAGAUGGAGGUGGCUGCCGUCAUCGAACCCAUGAUGUCCACAAAACUGAUCCCAGAACUGCAGAAGCUCUUCAUGUCCAAGAACGAGACCAACGUCCUGAAGCUGUGGCCUCUGUUCGUCAAGCUGCUGGGGAAGCUGCUGCACAGAGGAGGACCGUUCAUCAACUCCCUGCUGCAUCUGGAGGAGCUCGGCUUCCGCAGCUCUUCUCCCACCAUCAAGAAAAUCGCCUUCAUCGCCUGGAAGAGCCUCAUCGACAACUUCGCCCUCAACCCGGACAUCCUGUGCAGCUCCAAGCGCAUGAAGCUCCUGAUGCAGCCGCUCAUGUCCAUCAACGUGAGGACGGAGGCUCUGCUGCUCACCAAGGUGGAGGUCUGGUGGUACCUGGUGGUCCAGCUGGGCCCCAACCUCUCCGCCAACUUCGACCAGGUUUCGGUUCCCCUGCUUCAGUGCACCAUCGGAUCCGACUCGUCCUCCGUCCCCGGGACUCCGUCUAGACCCAUCACUCAGAACGGCGGCGCUACACCUGUAGCCAACAAGACAGGCUUCAACAGUCCGGCCAACACGUCUCGGAUGAGCCUGAACUCCAGCGUCCAGGUUCCCUCCACCUUCCCCUCCAUCCAGCUGCUGGGCCUGGAGAUGCUGUUGCACUAUUUUCUGGGUCCAGACGUUGUUUCUGCUGCAGCAAAGAACAAACUCAUCCUGAGCCUCGAGCCGCUGAACCACCCGCUGCUCUCCGCCGUUUCCUCCUUCACCAAACACGCCGCCAUGCUGACGGCCAGCAUCAGGGACGGAUUCGUCAACGUCGGAAGAGACGCUCCAGAGUCUCUUCUGGCUGUUAUCUGGACGAGUCUGGUCCGGUUUGUUAACUUAACCAUCGAGUCCGCUCCUCACACUCCCGUGAACUGGAUGCGGAAGCGGAACCGAGCUCUGGGGAACCUGUCCACGUUCCAGUCCCUGCUGGUGCAGAGCCUGGAGGUCUACCUGGAGAACCCUGAGGCCUCCUCCGAGGCCACGGGCUCGGCCCUGGUGUCCGUCCUGUCCACGCUCUUCACCAACCUGGUCCUCAACAACGCCGUCCAGGAGGCCCUGACCUCCCUCAUGCAGCCACUCACGCUUUUCUACUCACAAGCCGCCGGCGAGAAGUUCUCCUCGCAGCUCCUGGGGAAGCUGGAGAAGCUUCUGGGUGAGGUUCUGGGCUGCCUGCAGACCCGCUCCACUCUGGCCUUCAACGAGGAGCUGCUGGCGCUGCUCUGUCCUCUGCUCUGCGUCUUGUUUCCACACAAGAACAAGCAGCUGCGAACCUCCGUCGUCCACUUCUGGAACUCCACCUUCGCCAACACCGUCAGCCUCACGUAUCCCGACAGCAUCAGGCCGAUCCUGAGCCAGGUGAAGCAGAAGACUCCCAUCAUCCUGCCUGGCUUCGAGGUCGUCAGUGUUCCUGAUGAGCUCAGCGGACAGUAUUCGAGUGAGGGCUCCCAGCUGGAGACCAAGCUCAGCGGGAUUCCUGUUUCCUCUGUGGGCAAAAGAGACUCGCUGCUGGGGAGAGCUGCUGAGGUGAAGGACAGGAGCUCCACCAAGAGCAAACCGGUUUCUACGAAGCUGGACUUUGGUUCUCCCAAACCUCCCCGCAGAGAGGUUCUAGAGGAGGAGGCGUCCAUCGACUUCGUCUUCAUCCCUCCUGAGACCAAGGAGAGAGUCCUGACGGAGCACCAGAAGGAGGUGAAGAGGACGAAGAGGGUCGACAUCCCGGCCAUGUACAACAACCUGGACGCCUCUCUGGACACCACGGUGUUCAGCCAGUACACUCAGAGCCAAGAGGACUCCAUGGACAAAGUGUCGACUGACGGCGGUGCCAAAGAAGCUCCUGGAGAGGUUCCUCAGAAAGAUGUGGAAAAAGAGGACGAUGCUGAAGUUCUAACGAAAGACACCCAGGACUACAUCAGCCCAAAAGAUGCUGAGAACGCAACAGAAACCCACCAGCAAGAAGAGAUCAUCCCUGACUCUACGGAUGUUUCUAUGGAGGAUGCUAACAAAAGUGACGAUAAGGCCGAAGAUGAGAGUCCCAACGUCUCUGCUUCUUCAGAUUUGGUUUCAGGAACUCCUCAGAAACCCAACAGCCGCCGCCAGUCCUUCAUCACUCUGGAGAAGUAUGCUGAAGGAAAACUAGCCAGCCCGAGCAGCGCAUCCUCGUUUACAGGUCCUCUGGUAAAGACCUCCAGUCAGAGGUCCUCUUCCGCUGGUCCAGACUCUCAGGAUUCCCAGUCCGUUCAGUCAAAUACAGUCAACUCGCAGAGCUCCCUAAACGAUGUCACAGAGUCUCCACGAAGGCCGAAAGAGUCGAGGACGAAAACCGAGCCUGUGAAGCUGACUGAAAGGCUUCCUAGUGAGUCGACAGAAGAUGAGGACGUUAUCCCGGAUACCCAGACUGAAGUGGAGGGUGCAAAAAUUACUUCCACAGCAGAGGAAGAAGCGAAACCUUCAAGCCAGGAAGAGGAAUCUCAAGCAGCGAUGGAGGAUUCGCAAUCUUUGAGCCAGACUUCUUCUGACAAAUCCCAACGGACUAGACGCUCCAGAGGCCGACCUCCGGUUCCCAGAGAGGAACCUGAGGGAGGGGAAACGAAAGACAUGAAAAAGAGACGUUCUAGAGAAGCGUGUUUAAUCGAAUCUCCACAGCCGCUACAAAGCAGACCGAACACGAGGAGCAAGCAGGCCGCCGAGGACAACAGCGGUAAGAACAGAUUACGAAGACGAUCUCAGUUAGACGAGAGCGAGUCGAGCCAAAGCAACUCUCAGACUCGAGAAAACAAACGCAAGAAGAUCAAGCUGUUCAGCAACUCCGAGGAUUUCCUCGCUCAACCUGAACGCAAGCGGAGAAGCACCAGCGAGCAUGCGUCCAGCCAAAGUGACGUACAGUCGCCAUCUGAUCAUGAAAGCCAGUCGCAAGGUAAGCGCAAACGUCAGAGCAAAGCAUCGCCUCCAGAACAGACCAAAAAAGGUGACCGCAAGCAAAAGAAAGACUCUCAGAUGGUUGAGUCAGUAGGAGAGACUGAAGUAGAUGCUGAUGAAUCAAAGAAUGAUUCUCANGGAAGCUUCAGGGGCAGCAAGAAGGACCGGCAGGGCUGUGAGGUUCUGACCACGAUGCUCCAGGCGCUACAGAACAUCGUCGCCUCAGAAGCUCUGCCUGCAGACAGAGUCCUGCUUCUGUUCGAGGCCACGGUCAAAGGGAUCCCUCAGAGAGUCCUCGGUUCUGCUUCGUACCAAGUGGGGAAGAUGGACGUCCUGAAUGGAACUCCGGCUCUGUUCCUCAUCCAGCUGCUCUACAGCAGCAGCAUGCUGGCGGCCUACGUGGAGGACGACAGGUUUGCUCGGUGCCUCCAGACGCUGGUCGGCUGCGGCCUGUCGGGUCCGACCUCCCCGCUGGCGUUCUCGGAGGCGGUUCUGGGCGCCAUCGGUCGCAGCGCCGCCUCGCUGCAGAACAAGGAGCAGCUGUUCCAGAUGUGGAGCGUCGUGGUCGGGCCGCUCACCGACACCAUCACGCAGUCCAAUGAAGUGAACCAAGGCGACGCUCUGGAGCACAACUUCAGCGCCAUGCACUCGGCCCUGAUGCUGCCCAUCACACACCUCCUGCAGGGGGCGCCGCUGCAGCAGGCGGCCCAGAAGUCGAUGCUGUCGCUGUGGUCGAAGCUCUACAAGGUGUUCGCUCGCUGCUCCGCUCUGGUGGUCACGGCCGAGGAGAACAUCUGCUGCGAGGAGCUCUGCCAAUCUCAAGUCUCUGAACCUGCAGAACAGACCAAAAAAGAUUGUGUUGAAGCAAAGAGAGAUUCUCAAAUGUCGUCUCCUCAAGAUGAAGGCCAAUCCCGAGACUUUGAACUUGAAGAACAGACCAAAAAUGACGAGGACCUGAAGGGGGAUUCUCAAAUGGCUUUGCCUCAAGAUGAAAGCCAAGCUCAAACCUCUGGACCUGCAGAACAGACACAAAAAGACGAUGAGCUGAAAGUGGGCUCUGAAAUGUCUUUGCCUCAAGAUCAAGGCCAGUCCAAAGAGAGUGAGCCUGAAGAAAAGACUACAAAGGAAGAGGGAGUUUCCCAGAUAGUCGCCUCUUCCCCAGCAGAUGAGUCCACAGAUGGAACAAGAAAAGAAGACAACAAGACAAUAGAAGCUGAUGAUGACAACCUCAGUCAAGAGGACUCUCAGGUGAUCACCCCAUCUUCUUCUGACAGCCAGUCUAAACGUAGAUCCAGAAGAAGCAAGGCGUCGCCAGAGGCAGCAGAGUCUGAAGACAGAAGUGGAACUAGAAAUUCAUUAAGAAGCCAGAGUAGAUCUAAUUCUCAGACUGAGGAUCAAUCCGGAGGUAGAAGAAGGAAGGGCAGGGUUCCCCUUACUUCUUCUGGCUCGACCCCACAGAGUUCUCAGUCUUUAGAUCUUUCUGAAUCAGAGUCCUCCCAAAGCAGAGGCAGAUAUUCAACACGAAGAUCCUCUCCAGCAGUGGUAGGUGGAGUGGAGUCCUCCGAGUCUCAAUCUUCUGAGGCCAGAAAAGAUCCCCCUAUUCCCAAAAAGAGAGGGAGGAAGCCUCGAGCCUCUCUGCAAAGUCCUCUCACCGUUGAAUCCAAAGAGGACAGAACUGAACCAGUGGAUGAUUCUCAAACAGAAGACAGCCAAAGCACAGAAACAAAAACAGAGCCGGUGGAGUCCUCAGAAGCACAAGGUCUGCUGCAGGUUGAAGGCAUCAUCGAAGAGCAAAGUAAGGAAGAGUCACCGAUGGAGGAGGAGGCCGACGCAACAAAGAAAACCGACAGUGAUGAUCCCUCAUUGCACGAAACUGACACUAAGGACUUGGAAACGCUUGAAUGUGCUGGAAUGAGUAAUGAACAGACUCAGGAAAUGUUAUCUGCUGUGGCGCCUCCUGAUGAAACACUGCAGCCUUCAGAGGAGAAACCCAAAGAAGUGUACCAAGUGACAUCUCUGCAUGAUGAAGACGGCAAAACCCAGAUUCUGGAGUCUGAGCACGAAGAAAAAACGCAGGUUGAAGAAGCUGUGAGUUUGGAUGCCGCUCCGGCCGACGACUCUGUAUUUGCAGAAUCCACAAACGAUGAUGUUUGUCAGGAUUCUCCUGUGAAGCAGAAGGACCUGGAGGCCGUGAUGGAGCCCCUUCUGGGUCAAAGCCCCAACAGUGGCAGAACCAGAGGAACCUGGUCUCCUUCAGCUUCACCGUCCACCAGCAUCUUGAAGAAGGGCCAGAAGAGGCCGCUCAAGGUCGAGACGCCGUCGCCUCUCGUCAAGUCCAGGCGCGUGUCCUUUGCUGAUCCGAUUCAGCAGCAGGAGUUGGCGGACGACAUCGAUCGUCGCAGCCCGGCCGUCAGAACCAGCUCCCCCAGAAGGUCCAAAGGCAGCGGCAUCCCACAGCCGAAGCUGGUCACGACUCCAACGAAGGGUUUGCUGAUCCUCAGUCCCAGAAAUCUUCACAGUCCAGGUUACAGGAGCUCCAAGAAAAGUCUGAUUUCUGAGCUGAGUCAGGAGCCUCGGCCGGUGUCCAGAGACUGCAUCUACCCGGCGCUGGUCGGCUGCUCGACGCCGGUGGAAGCUGUGCUGCCUCAGAUCUCCUCCAACAUGUGGUCUCGGGGUUUCGGACAGCUCGUUCGCGCCAGAAACAUCAAGACGGUCGGUGACCUGAGCGCUCUGACUCCCGGGGAGAUCAAGACUCUGCCGAUUCGCUCCCCGAAGAUCUCCAACGUCAAGAAGGCUCUGAAGGUCUACGAGCAGCAGCGUAAAGGACGAGGCGGAGACGAGCUGAAGAGCUUUGAUGAAACGGAGAUGAUGACGUCCGAGCUGGAGGAGACCGACGCUGCUCCCAACGACGACGAUAAAACCUCCGCAGAGACGCUCGCCACCGAGCUGCUGGACGAAGCCGCCGCUGACCAGGACACCUCCAGGACCGGAACCCCCGAAGUCCUGGACGAAGACCAGAGGCCCGAGGACCAGCCGCUGCCCUCCGAGGUGGAGCUCUUGUCCUGCAGGAUGACGCCGACAGAAUUGCGGCGCUGCUCGGCCCAGCAGCUCGUCCACAUCCACGAGCGGCUGGGAGGCAUGAUGAGGAGCGUGGUGGUGGAGCUGCAGACCCGAGUCCAGCAGACGGACGACCAGCAAUGACUCCACGAGGAACACGGAUCUGAUGGAGGGUCCUGCGGUCCGACCUCGUGAACAUUUUACCGAUGAGGAUUUUAUGGUUUUACCCUGUCUGGACUUCUCUUCUUUUUUCUUCUUGCUGGACGUGUUUUUAACAAAGCAGCACAUUUUCUUCACGUGUAGCUCGAGCUGUCGCUAGUUUAUACGGAUUUUAGGAAAAGGGAGGAAGCGCAGCGUCACUUUGGAGCCGCGUCCGAAGACGUUUCUUAUCCUGGAGCUUCAGAUUUUUCCUGCAGGACUGAUGGAAAACUGUGAAAAGGCUCCUUCAUGUCAUGUGCCUGUUUUUAGAGCGUUUACAUUCAUCCUGUACAUUUCGUAGCAUCUCCUAGUUUCUCCGCCUUUUAAACGUCUUAACGAGUUUUUGUUGUCAUGAAACUUAGAUUGUAGUCGGCACUUAAUCGUGGUUUUACAUACUUCAAUAAAAUACGAAACUGAUGUUUUUAAAGCGCG